AUGGACAGGCCGAGGGGGCGGGGCGGCGGUGACUCCGCCCCCUCGGCCAGGGGCGGGGCCCGCCCAGCUGUCAGUUACCGGGGGCGGCCCGGCAGGCGGGCGAGCGCUCCUCCUCCGCUGGCUCGUGCUCGCACCGUCUCGCCGCCCGUGGAGAAAGUCCGGGCCGCCGCAGCCGCGUCCCCCGCCGCCUCGCCUCCGCUCUCGUCCCGGCUCGGCUGCCCGCCGGCCCUCUCCGGUCCACGUGAGCGCGAGCGUGCGAGCCACCGACCCCGGGGCAGCCGAGGCGAGCCUUGGGGCUCCCGGGCUCCACUAGGCCUGGGAGUGGAGGGCUCCGAGGCCUGCUUGUCCUGCCGGAGCCCGGGCCGCGGGUGGGGCGGGGCGCAGGCUGCAGCCCGGGAGGCCCCGGGGCCGGCUCCCGCGCCCGGCUGUCAACCGCGGGCUUGGAGGACUCCUGGGAGAGCUGGCUCUCAAGGAUCUGAUUUAGAUUCGUCAGCAGCUCCUAUAAAUACAGUGGAUGUCAACAAUGAAAGUUCCUCAGAGGGUUUCAUAUGUCCCCAGUGUAUGAAAUCUCUUGGCUCUGCUGAUGAACUUUUCAAACACUAUCAGGCAGUUCAUGAUGCUGGUAAUGACUCAGGUCAUGGUGGAGAGGCCAAUCUUGCUUUGACACGAGAUGAUAUAACACUACUCAGACAAGAGGUCCAAGACCUACAGGCUUCACUUAAGGAAGAAAAAUGGUACUCAGAAGAAUUAAAGAAAGAAUUAGAAAAAUAUCAAGGGCUACAGCAGCAAGAAGCUAAACCUGAUGGAUUGGUGCCUGAUUCAUCAGCAGAGCUCCAGUCUUUAGAACAACAAUUAGAGGAAGCCCAGACGGAAAAUUUUAAUAUUAAGCAGAUGAAAGAUCUAUUUGAACAGAAAGCAGCCCAACUUGCUACUGAAAUUGCAGAUAUAAAGUCAAAACAUGAUGAGGAGAAGAGUCUCCGAGAAGCUGCUGAGCAAAAAGUGACACAGUUGACAGGAGACUUAGACAGACAGACAAGUGUGAUUCGGGAUCUGAAAACUGAACUGCUCCAGAGACCUGGUAUAGAAGAUGUUGCUGUACUAAAGAAAGAACUGGUCCAAGUUCAAACACUAAUGGAUAAUAUGACUUUGGAACGUGAGAGAGAAUCUGAAAAACUCAAAGAUGAAUGCAAAAAGUUACAAUCAGAAUAUGCUAAUUCAGAGGCUACAAUAAGCCAACUAAGGAGUGAACUUGCCAAAGGCCCCCAAGAAGUUGCAGUAUAUGUUCAGGAAAUACAAAAACUUAAAGAUUCAAUUAAUGAAUUAACACAAAAAAACCAGAACUUGACUGAGAAGUUGCUGAAGAAGGAACUGGACUACACGCACCUAGAGGAGAAGCACGGGGAAGAGUCGGUGAGCAGGAAGAACACACAGGCGGCCCUGCAGCAGAGGGACCUGGACUGCCAGCAGCUUCAGGCCAGGCUGGCUGCCUCCGAAGGCUCCCUGCAGAGGGUCCAGGCCGAGCUCAGUGAGAAGGGAGAGGCUGCUCAGAGGCUCAGAGAGGAGCUGCGGGAAGCGGAGAGCAGGCACCAGCACCUUAAGGCCGAGUGUAAGCAGCUGCAGCAGCAGCGCGAAGAGAAGGAGCAGCAUGGGCUGCAGCUGCAGGGGGAAGUCAGUCAGUUACAUAGCAAACUCCUGGAGACGGAGCGGCAGCUGGGGGAGGCCCAGGGCAGGCUAAAGGAGCAGAGGCAGCUGUCCAGUGAGAAGCUGAUGGACAAAGAGCAGCAAGUGGCUGCGCUCCAGCUCCAGCUCUCCCGGCUGGAAGAGCAGUUGAAGGAAAAGGUAACAAAUUCCACUGAAUUGCAACAUCAAUUAGAAAAAUCCAAACAGCAGCAUCAAGAACAGCAAGCUCUCCAGCAGAGCACCACGGCCAGACUCCGAGAAGCCCAGAAUGAUUUGGAACAAGUGUUGCGUCAGAUUGGUGAUAAGGACCAGAAGAUCCAGAACCUGGAAGCUUUACUGCAGAAGAGUAAAGAAAACACUUCCUUACUAGAAAAGGAAAGAGAGGAUCUUUACGCCAAAAUCCAAGCUGGCGAAGGAGAGACGGCUGUUCUUAACCAGCUGCAAGAGAAAAACCACACACUACAACAGCAACUGACUCAACUAGCAGAGAAGCUGAAGAAUCAGUCGGAAAGCCAUAAGCAAGCCGAGGAGAAUCUGCAUGACCAGGUACAGGAACAGAAGGCACAUCUCCGAGCCGCACAAGACCGCGUUCUUUCCCUGGAAACCAGUAUUAAUGAACUGAGCAGCCAGCUGAAUGAGAGCAAGGAGAAGGUCUCCCAGCUCGACGUCCAGAUUAAAGCCAAAACUGAAUUAUUACUAUCAGCAGAAGCAGCCAAAACUACUCAAAGAGCUGAUCUUCAGAAUCAUUUGGACACAGCUCAAAAUGCAUUACAAGAUAAACAGCAGGAGUUGAAUAAGGUCACUGCGCAGCUGGAUCAGGUCACUGCGAAGUUCCAGGAGAAGCAGGAACAUUGCAGUCAGCUAGAGAACCAUCUCAAGGAAUUCAAAGAGAAGAAUCUCUCUUUAGAACAAAAGGCUGAAGACUUAGAAGGCCAAGUUAGGAAACUAGAAGCUGAUGCUCUUGAAGUUAAAGCAAGCAAGGAGCAGGCCUUGCAGAGUCUGCAGCAGCAGCGGCAGCUGAACACGGAGCUCGAGCUCAGAACCGCAGAGCUGAGUAAACAGCUUGAGGAGGAGAAGGAAAUAGUAUCCAGUACAAAAUUAGAUCUGCAGAAUAAAUCUGAAUCCCUUGAAAAUAUUACACAAACUCUUACCAAGAAAGAGGAAGAAAAAGUUAUUUUGAAACAAGAAUUUGAAAAGUUAAGUCAAGAUGCAGAGAGGCAGCGCACGGAGCUGGAUGGCCGAGUCCGGGCAGCAGUCGCGGACCUGAGAACGGUGGAGGAGCAGAAGGCCGCUCUGAUGGCCGAGCUGUCCUCAACAAAGGAACGGUUGUCCCAAGUUUCCGAGUCUUUAAAGAACUCCAAGAGUGAAUUCGAGAAAGAGAAUCAGAAAGGAAAAGCUGCUUUAUUAGAUCUGGAAAAAGUUUGUAAAGAAUUAAAGCAUCAGCUGCAAGUACAGACAGAAAGUUCACUCAAGGAGCAGAAUGAACUGAAAAAGUCACUUGAAAAAGAGAAAGAGACUUCUCAACAGUUGAAGGCAGAGCUCGGCUCACUCAGGGCAGAGGUCGCACAGGCUCGAAGUGCAUUAGAACAGAAGGAGAAGGAGAGGCAGCAGCUUCUGGGGGACAUAGACCGGCUAACGCAGGCGACCGAACAGAAGAGCGGGCAGAUUGAAGUGCUUCAAGGGGAAGUCAAAAGCGCUGUUUCUCAAAAGACAGAGCUGGAGAACGCGCUGCAGCGGCUCUCAUCUCAGGCGGCCCAGGAGCGCGCGGCAGAGAGAGAAAAGCUGGCCGCCUUGCAAGGCACCUACGACAAGUGCCAGGACAGCCUGAAACAGCUGCAGUCGGAUCUCUACGGCAAAGAGUCGGAGCUUCUGGCCACCAGGCAAGACCUGAAGUCUAUAGAAGAGAAGCUCUCUCUGGCACAAGAAGACUUGAUUUCAAACAGAACUCAAAUUGGAAACCAAAAUAAGUCAAUUCAGGAACUGCAGGCUGCCAGGGCUGCUGUGGAGCAGGACUUGGCAAAGCGAGAGCAGCUGCUGAAGGAGCGGAGUAAAGCCCUGCAGGACGCCCAGAGAGAAAAGUCAGUGAAGGAAAAAGAACUAGUGAAUGAAAGGUCUAAAUUGGCAGAGCUGGAGGAAAUUAAGUGUAGACAAGAAAAAGAAAUGACGAAGCUCAGUGAAGAACUCAAGUCGCACAAGGAAGAAAGCAUGAAGGAAGUAGCAAAUCUCAAGGAUGCCAAACAACUUUUGAUUCAGCAGAAACUAGAACUUCAAGGCAAAGCAGACUCGCUGAAGGCAGCGCUUGAGCAGGAGAAGGAAAGUCAGCGGCUGCUGCGGGAGCAGGCGGCGAAGGAGGAAGAGAGACGGAGGGCCGAGUUCUCUGAGAAGGAGGCCAAGCUGCAUUCGGAAAUAAAAGAAAAGGAAGCGGGAAUGAAGAGACACGAAGAGAACCAGGCCAAGCUCACUAUGCAGGUCACAACCCUGAAUGAAAACUUGGGCACUGUGAAGAAGGAGUGGCAGUCUAGUCAGCGGCGAGUUAGCGAGCUGGAGAAGCAAACGGAUGACCUGCGGGGGGAGAUUGCUGUCUUAGAAGCAACGGUUCAGAACAACCAGGACGAAAGGAGAGCAUUGCUAGAAAGAUGUCUUAAAGGAGAAGGUGAAAUAGAAAAGCUGCAGACCAAAGUUCUAGAACUGCAAAGGAAGCUGGAUAACACGACCGCGGCUGUGCAGGAGCUGGGCAGAGAAAACCAGUCCCUCCAGAUUAAACAAACGCAAGCGUUGAACAGAAAGUGGGCAGAGGACAAUGAGGUGCAGAACUGUAUGGCCUGUGGGAAAGGCUUUUCAGUCACAGUGAGACGGCAUCACUGCCGACAGUGUGGCAAUAUCUUCUGCGCUGAGUGUUCAGCUAAAAACGCCUUAACGCCUUCUUCGAAGAAGCCUGUUCGUGUCUGUGAUGCAUGUUUCAUUGAUUUGCAAGGGUAGUGGGGGAUCACAGCUGCAGAGUAGUGUCACACUAACAUUAGACCUCUAAUACAUUGGAUGUGCUCUCUGGUUGCACACUAGCCAAGUUGGAAUUCAUAUAUUUUGGAAUGUUACCAAUGUCAAGUAAAAGUUCUAUUUUUGUGAGAUUGGGUUCAGUUUUGAUGAUGUUUGUCCACUUACUCCCUAAACAGCUUUCAUGCCAAGGUCAGAAUUAGCCAAUGAAAUGUAAAUAAUCUUUGGAUGGAAAAUAGCAAUGUAUUUUUUAAAUAUAAUUUAAUUAUUCACAAAUGAUGAAUAUACUUCCUUAGUUUCUUCCUCUCAAAUUAUGUGUACAAAAUGUAUGGCUGGUUGUUAUCGUUUGCUGUGGUUUCUGUUGCACAAUAACAGUGAUUAUAUCACGUAUCCUCCUGGUGGAGUCAUGCACAGGAGUGUCACACCUGUUUGUCUCCUGUAUAGAUCUGUAGCUCAGUUACGGUGUGAUGUCAUACACCGAUUACUUGAGUGUUCUGAAGCAGUUGAUGCUAAAACGAUGUGCUAACCAUGAAUUCAAGCAUGGUUUUUGUUUUGGCAGUAUUGAUUAAAUUCUCAAGUAGAUUUGAUGGACUCCUAUGUAAAAUUAAGUGGUUCACUUUAUGGUACUUCUGAGAUUGUAUUUCCAAAACUAGAGUGAAUUUAUAUUUCUCUGUCUUAUUUUAGACCCCCAUGCACUAUCCCCUAAGCUAUUGUCUAAAACUUCCCACCCUGAGCUGGA